AUAUUCUGUCUACAUGGUGGCCUCUCACCAUCCAUAGAUACACUGGAUCACAUCAGAGCACUUGAUCGCCUACAAGAAGUUCCUCAUGAGGGUCCAAUGUGUGACUUGCUGUGGUCAGAUCCAGAUGAUCGUGGUGGUUGGGGAAUAUCUCCUCGAGGAGCUGGUUAUACCUUUGGGCAGGACAUUUCUGAAACAUUUAAUCAUGCCAAUGGCCUCACAUUGGUGUCUAGAGCUCACCAGCUGGUGAUGGAGGGAUAUAACUGGUGCCACGACCGGAAUGUAGUAACGAUUUUCAGUGCUCCGAACUAUUGUUAUCGUUGUGGUAAUCAAGCUGCGAUCAUGGAACUUGAUGAUACUCUAAAAUACUCCUUGUAAGUAUUUACACCUAAGUAG